AGCAGACAAGCAGGUUGUGUCCACAGGCCUGAUCAGCAACGGAGACUGGACCUACCAGAUCCUGGUGAUGCUGGAAAUGACCCCCAAGCGUGGAGACAUCUACACCUGCCAAGUGGAGCACUCCAGCCUUCAGAAACCUGUCGUCUUGGACUGGAAAGCACAAUCUGAAUCUGCCAGGAGUAAGAUGCUGAGUGGAGUCGGGGGCCUCGUGCUGGGGCUGAUCUUCUUUGGGGUUGGCCUCAUUGUCUACAAGAGGAGUCAGAAAGGAAAUCGUGGUUCACAACCAACAGGCCUCCUGAGCUGAUCCUGGAGCCUGGAGUGUCUCUUGGAAAUGUUGAGUCCCCUCAGCCUCCCUCUCAUGUUUUGAGGCCCCCUGCUUCUGGCCAGAUCUCCAGGAGUUUACUCCUACUGACCCUUCACCUGACUGGCUCCUUCCCUGUUCCUUUGACUCUGUCUGCACCCUUUGGCAUUUCCCCAACAGAGCUUCCAAGACCUCCUCCACCUUUCA